UCACCAGCGGAACCGCCUCCACCGCGUUCGGCGUCGAAGGCCUACGGGACGUCAGUACGCAUGCGCACUUUGUGCCCUAGGUAGCUUGUCUCCUAACCGAGGACGCCUCUAUAUUCCGGUCUCUGGGAGCGGGGGCGUGGGGCUGCACAUGCGCACUGCGAGCCCUCGCCUACUCCCAGAAACCACUGGGCACACGCGGUGCGGCAGCCGCUUCAGAUUGGCGGGCUCCAAGGACACGUGAGUGGGCAGCGUCGCCGUUUCUCUUUUGUUGGACCGUAUUUUCCCAGCGCCACGCGGAGCCUGGGCCAUUAUGAGCUCUGCAUUUCCAGGACCCGGUCACUGUUCAGGACACUGUUCCAGCGCAGUGGUCAUUAGCCAUGUCUCAGGGAUCAGUGACAUUCCAAGAUGUGGCCAUUGACUUCUCCAAGGAAGAGUGGGGAUUCCUGAACCCUGCUCAGAGAGAUUUGUACACAACUGUGAUGUUGGAGAAUUAUCAGAACCUGGUCUGGCUGGGACUUUCCAUUUCUAAAUCUGUGAUUUCACUGUUGGAGAAAAGGAAACUGCCUUGGAUAAUGGGAAAAGAAGAGAUAAGAGUCCCAUUGCCAGGAUAUUUCAAGGUGUCAGAGAUUACCUCCCAGGAGCCAAGGGCAAAGACUAGACCUCUCUUUGGAAAAGAUGCACCAGGUGCAGAGAUUAAGGAGUUAUCUGCAAAGAGGGCUAUUAAUGAAGUAUUAUCUCAGUUUGACACAGUGAUAAAAUGUACAAGAAACGUAUGUAAGGAAUGUGGAAAUGUAUACUGCCACAAUACGCAGCUUACUCUCCGUAAGAGAAAUCACACGCGAAAGAAAUGCAAUCAGUGUUUAGAUUGUGGGAAACCCUUCACUCGUCGGUCAACUCUCAUUCAACAUCAAAGAAUCCACACGGGAGAGAGACCCUAUAAAUGUAACGAAUGUAGUAAAACCUUCAACCAGAGGGCACACCUUACCCAGCAUGAGAGAAUUCACACGGGUGAGAAACCUUACAAAUGUAAGGAAUGUAGGAAAACCUUCAGCCAGAUGACUCAUCUCACACAGCAUCAGAGUACACAUAUGAGAGAAAAGUUCCAUGAAUGCAGUGAAUGUGGAAAGGCCUUCAGCCGUUCCUCAGCCCUUAUGGAUCACCAGCGAAUUCAUGGUGGAGAAAAGCCAUAUGAAUGUAAGGAGUGCGGCAGAGCCUUCACUCAAAGUGCCCAGCUCAUUAGACAUCAGAACACUCAUUCUGGAGAAAAACCCUGUGAGUGUAGUAAGUGUAAGAAAUCUUUUGUGUGCCUGUCUUCCCUGAUUGAACAUUGGAGAAGUCACACUGGAGAAAAACCGUAUCAAUGUAAGGACUGCAAAAAGACCUUUUGUUGUGUCAUGCAGCUCACUCUGCACAGGAGAGUUCAUACUGGUGAGAAACCCUAUGAAUGCAAGCAAUGUGGAAAGGCCUUCAGCGCCCAUUCUUCCCUUGUUACUCAUAAGAGAACACACAGUGGAGAGAAACCGUAUAAAUGCAAGGAAUGUGGAAAAGCCUUCAGCGCGCACUCUUCCCUUGUUACUCAUAAGAGAACACACAGUGGAGAGAAACCUUAUAAAUGCCAUGCCUGUGGGAAGGCCCACACUUUGUCAACAUAAUAGAAUUCAUACUGGUGAAAAACCCUUUCAGUGCAGUCAGUGCGGGAAGUCCUUUAGAUGCAGCUCUCACCUUACUCGACACUGUAGAAUGUGUAAUGGAAAAUGUUAGCAAAUAACCAAAACUCAAAAUGUUAAUUCUGAUUAUUCCAUAUCAUCACCAGUACUUCGUACUCUGAGUCUUUAAAAAUAUGCUAUCUUAGUUUGUAUGGAAUGAUACUUCAUUGUACUUUUGAUUUAACUUAAAAAUGCCUUCCCUUGACU